GCUUUGGCUUCCGUCGGAGCUCGCGAAUCGCGAUGGCGAUGGCGAUGGCGAUGGCGACGAUCGCAGCGACGCGCGGGAACAACCAGCGAUUCCGAGCGCCGCCUCCCUCCCCGAUUGCAACCGGAAAGGGACGCAGAUCGGCAGCGGUCGAUGAUCGUGUGUUCUCCGAGUACCUCGACAAAUCGCUCCGGGUCCCCGAUCUUUCCCUUCCGGGACCCUACUGCCGCUCCAAGUCCCCGAUCAAGGAUCCGGUGGAGGUUGAUCUGCGUUCUUUGUUAUCCGGAGAUGAGUCCAUAGCCCGUCGUGUGCUUGCCGCAGCCGCGGAGAUUGGCGCGGUCCCAGUGGUCGGCGGGGGCGAGGCAUUGGCGGAGGAGGUCAGGGCCGCGAUUGAAGCGGGCAAGGGGGUCAUGAAUCCUGAGGGGGAGAGGUUGAGUAGGUACAUUGAGAAAAAUUGGUUCGCACGGAGGGAUGGAACCGUGCAGGAGUUCGUUUGGUAUCGGUCGCGGAGCCCAGAGACGGAGCGGCUUCUCCAGCGGACCUGGCCUGGAUCGUAUCUUGCCCUCAGGGACAACAUGGAGUGUAUUGCGUUAAGGCUGGAUACUGUAGCGGAUUGCAUUGCCAAAAUUCUUUCUAAAUAUGUCACAGAUCCAACACCCACCAAAAGACUUCGCGAGGUUCAGUCAACCCUUCAUCUGAGAAAGCAAGUAUCCCCUUACACCACAAGUAAAACACUGGAUUCUAUUGAAACCAAAUCACGUAAUUCUGAUGUUUUGAGUCUCCACAUUUGCGGCGAUCAUCAUGAAUUUUGCAUCCAUCAUCCAGAAGGCUCUAUAAUUAUCAUGUUGCGGGCAGGGGACAUUCUAGUUACAAUCGGUAAAACACUCCAGGAAUUGUGCAAUGGAGAGCUAAGGAGUGCCUCAGCGGAAGCACUUUUCCAGCCAGUAGAUGAUUCAUUUACCUCAUUCUCGCUUGAAUACAUGUGCUGUCCCCUAGUUCUGUCUCAUGAGCCUGAUCCUGAUCCUGAUCAUGAAACAAAAACGAUCUCUUUAACUGAUCAGUUGCUGGUGGUUCUUUUUUUUGUUCUGUUAUACUGUUUUGUCACCUAGAUCUUGCAGUGUGUUGUUCGGAGGAAGAAAACUGGUGUUUCAUCUUCUUCUGUGCUUAGAGAUGGCCUGCAGCUGUUGACUGCUGUUUCUUCUCCUCUUUUCCUCCUUUUUGCCUUGUGUGAAAAGGUCAUCUGGUGGAUGCUUCUCAAGUCCUCGUGUAGUAUUUUGUGGAUUAGUGAAAGAUUAAUUGACA